CCUACACUUGCACUGCUUCAAGACGCAUGCUAAAGUGACGGACAUGGAUCUGAUUGUUUGUGAUCAGCGUUGAAAGAGGGACGCUGCUUGUCUUUGGUUAUGUCUGCAGCCUGUUUGCGCGUCGGGCCCCGAACCUGCUCAAGUGUUAGCAACAAGAGAAGCAGGUCCUCAACGCCUGUAGACAAAACACAAAAAUAUGGUUCGUAGUAAGGUUAUGUUUGAUUUUGGAGAUGAUGAUGUUUGUGCCACCAGCACAAGUGUUUCUUUGUGUCUGACUCCCGAGAAACCAUAUGUUUCUUUCUUCACGCCGAAGAUAACGGAGGUGUUUCACAGGCUCGACAGCCUACUUGGUAAGUGCAAUGCCAUCUUCCUUGCUCUUGUCCCAAACGAUCUGGCUGACGAAGUCGAACAUGUUCUGCAGGGCGGAAGUGGCGCUGCUGAAUCACUUUGUAGAUCUCCAGAGCAUGUCGCGAUCGUUUCCGUAUACCACAACCCACCAGAGCUUGUUGUGUGUAGCGACAGUGACAAUGGGAUCUUUGUGGUCGGGGUGAGUGAAGCGGAGGUUCUCUGCGUCACGGAGUCAGAAGCAGUGUUCGGGUGUGCUGACGCAUUAUCGAGGAGGUCACCUACCGACGAUCUGUGCACGAAGGUCCAUCAUUGUGGUCUCAGAGGAUGGCAUCUUGAGAGGACUAGGAUGUGGCAUCUUCUUGACCUGCGGGUGAGGCGCUUUUGGUGAUCGGACAGAGUUGUCUGAUGCUCGAUGGAAGAGGCGGUGUUACCGUUCAAAGGCGAAGCGGACAAAACAAGCUGCGAAUAACGAUGUAGAGAGGUGAGGUGAUAAUGGGGAGGCCAG